CAGCGUGUAACGGGAGUGUGUUUCUUUAAGAAUGUAAGGUGGGUGAGCCCCUUUUCCUGACGCACGCCUGGUAUGCAAACAUAAAUUUAGCAGCAACGUGUUUGCUGGGGGAACUAAAUAUCUGGAAGCGACCGUGGAGUGUCAUGUCGUCUCCGGCAGUUGUUGGCUGACUUUUACCUUUUUCUCUGUGUGGUGUGUGUGAACUGGAGCCGGAGCGGCGCGCGGAGGGGAGAGCAGACCUGUUCCCUGAGGACUGAGGACUGGGACACAACUGUCCUCUGCAGUUUGAAAGCACAUUGAAGCAACAGCGUCAGAGAUGACAGGGGGCUGUUUGUGGACGACUGGACUGCUUCUUCUCGCUGUCUGUGUGAAGGUUGCUGUGCGGGCCAACGAUGGGGACGCAGUGUUCAUCAGGGAAUUCACUCUGCUUCGACGAGACCACCUCGCAGAAGAGCCUCUCCGGGACAGCAGCCAAAAACCAGAAGACCCUAGCUCACGGACGGCCCGAUCAGAAGAGGACAGAGACACUCUGUGGGAUGCCUGGGGCUCAUGGAGUGAAUGCUCCCGGACCUGUGGAGGAGGCGCUUCGUACUCCCUCAGACGAUGCCUCAGUUCCAAGACCUGCGAAGGGCAGAAUAUCAAAUAUCGCACAUGCAGUAAUGUGGAUUGCCCUCCAGAUGCCGGUGAUUUCCGUGACCAGCAGUGUUCAGCUCAUGCAGACGUGCGGUACCAGGGUCAGUACCACGAGUGGCUUCCUGUGUAUAAUGACCCCGACAACCCCUGCGCCCUCAAGUGCAAAGCCAAGGGCUCGGGCCUCAUGAUGGACAUGGCGCCCAAGGUGCUGGACGGGACGCGCUGCUACACCGAGUCCUUGGACAUGUGUAUCAGUGGAGCCUGCCAGAUUGUAGGUUGUGAUCAUGAGUUGGGCAGCACAGCAAAGGAGGACAACUGCGGUGUCUGCAAUGGAGAUGGCUCAUCCUGCAGACUGGUGCGAGGACACUACAAAACCCAGCAUGCUUCAGGAAAAACUGAGGACACAGUUGUUGCCGUCCCCUACAAGAGUCGUCAUGUGCGCCUCGUCCUGAAAGGCCCGGAUCACUUGUAUGUGGAGAGUAAGACACUACAAGGGGUUAAAGGUGAGCUUGUCUUGGAUACAUCAGCGCAGUACCACCUGGAGAACACCACCUUGGACUUCCAGAAACUUUCCGAUAAGGAGAUCCUGAGAAUCACCGGCCCGCUCGGAGCCGACUUCACCGUCAAAGUGCAGUUUUCCAGUGGAGCGGACAGUGUGGUCCAGUACAUCUACUACCAGCCCAUCGUCCACCGCUGGAGAGAGACGGACUUCUUCCCGUGCUCCGUCACGUGUGGUGGAGGUUACCAGCUGACCUCAGCAGAGUGCUUUGACCUCCGGAGCGGCCGGGUGGUUGUGGAUCAGUAUUGCCAUUAUUACCCAGAGAACAUCAAACCCAAACCCAAGCUGCAGGAGUGCAACAUGGAGCCCUGCCUGGCCAUUGACGGUUACAAGCAAAUUAUGCCAUAUGACCUCUACCACCCCCUGCCACGAUGGGAGAGCAGUCCUUGGACCGCCUGUUCCACCUCGUGCGGCGGAGGCAUCCAGAGUCGCGCAGUAUCCUGCGUGGAGGAAGACAUGCAAGGCGUCAUCACUCCCACGGAGGAGUGGAAAUGUCUCUAUUCCACAAAGACUGCUAUCCUGCAGCCCUGUAACGCCUUCGACUGCCCCACCUGGCUGGCACAGGAGUGGUCUCCUUGCACGGUGACCUGUGGUCAGGGUCUGCGCUACAGGGUGGUGUUGUGCAUCGAUCACAGAGGACUCCAUGCUGGAGGCUGUAACCCCACCACCAAACCCCACAUCAAGGAGGAGUGCCUGGUGACAGUGCCCUGUUAUAAGUCCAUAGAUACGCUCCCAGUCGAGGCAAAACCCGUGUGGCAUAAACAGGCCAUCGAGCUGGACGAGGAGAUCAGCGUCACUGAGGAACCAACCUUCAUCCCUGGUCCCUGGCAGCACUGCAGCAGAACCUGCGGCGCCGGGACUCAGCGACGGACCGUCAAGUGCCAAGUUUUGCUGUCCUUCUCCCAGAGUGUUGCUGACCUGCCCGAUGACGAGUGUGAGGGGGUGAAACCUGCUACGAGUCAGCCCUGCUACCGUACUCCCUGCUCUGGUGCAUCAGGCCAAGGAAAAGGAAGAGAAGAGGAGGAGCAGGAAGAGGAGGAGGAGGAGACACCUGAAAGAGAGGAGCUGCACGACUGGGAGUAUGAGGGCUUCACGGAGUGUUCGGAGAGUUGUGGGGGAGGCGUGCAGGAGGCUGUGGUCAUCUGCCUGAACAAGCAGACCAGAGAGGCAGCGGAGCAGAGUCUGUGUGUGAGCUCCCGUCGGCCCCCGCAACUCCUGCAGGACUGCAGAACUCAGCCCUGCCCACCCAGGUGGGAGACAGGAGAGUGGAGUUCAUGCUCUGCUACCUGUGGGGUUGGUCUGAUGACCCGCACUGUGGCGUGCACUCACCGGCCCUCUCGUAACAGCAACCGUACCGAGGUUUUGAGGGAUGAAGACUGUCAGAGCCCCAAGCCCAGCCCUGUCCAAGCCUGCAACCGCUUUGACUGCCCUCCUAUGUGGGACACACGUGCCUGGGGACAGUGCUCCCAGAGCUGUGGUGGUGGAUUUCAAAGGAGGCAGGUUCUGUGCAAACAGCGGCUGGCAGAUGGCAGCAUCCUGGAGCUGCCUGACACCUUCUGCCCUUCCAAGAGCCCCGCAAACCAGCAGCCCUGUGCCAAGCAGGAGUGCCCCCCUCUGUGGGUCACAACGGACUGGUCCCAGUGUUCAGUGACCUGUGGAAAUGGCAUUCAGAGACUACAGGCAGUCUGCAGAAGACAAGGGGAAGCUCGGGGACAUUCGACCGUAGACCCUGAGAGCUGUUCUCAGGUGGCCCGGCAGACCAAGGUCCGACCGUGCUCCCUCAGGCUUUGUGAGAACUCUGUUAAGCCUGAUCCCACCAUACUGGCCCAGAAGAAGGUGUAUAUCCAGUGGAGGAAGGGCAAAAGGUUACAGUUGGUAGUGGGGGGCUACGCCUACCUGCUCCCCUGGACAACAGUAGUCCUUCGCUGCCCAACCCGACACUUCCGCAAGGGCCACAUUCGCUGGUUGAAGGAAGGAAAGCCCUUGGUCGGCCUCCCACAUCUCUCCAUAACAUCACCGGGAUAUGUGAAGAUUCAGCAGCUUCGGGUAUCUGAUGCCGGGAUAUACACAUGCGUCGCCGGUCAGGCAAAAGAACAUUUUGUCCUACAGAUCAUCGGCAGCAAGCAGAAGCUCUCUGCUCCGGAGUCAUGGCUCCUCGCAGGUGGACAACAAACUGGUCAGACAGACGUGGCCGCAACAAGAGAAAGAUUUCAGGAGCUACCCAUCCCCCUCAACCAAUACGACAACAUCGUUGAGCAUUUGCUCGAACUCAAAGGCUCUCUCCAAGAUGAAAAAGACACCGCUGAUAAGACACACUCCAGUGAAAAGAACCGGUCGACCCUGGAGGAUGAGAGAGCAAACUCAGAACUGUCAAGCCUGCUCGUACUCAUCGCCGAUACCCACAGGCUGGAUGAGAUCAUGCACAACCUCUCUGAAGGCCUCGGAGGACAAUGGGGAGAACAACUCAUCGCACAGUUGCUCAGUGAGCUCACCAUGACACAAGGUGAAACCAAUGAGUCUACCCUUCAUCCCCCGGAAAGUGCAGAAUCCUCUACACAAGGGCCCCUGCUUUAUAAACCGAACAUCAAAGCCCACACGUCCAGGCCAAGAAGCCCGGUGCUAAUCCAACGGCCCAGGAAGGUCGGAGCGGUGGCGUCGUCUGAAAUGAUGGUUCAAGUGGGAGCGCCAGCUGUGCUGCAGAAACACAUUGCAAGUUUGGAGCUGAGGUGUGAGGCACUGGGGAACCCCGAACCAUCCCUGACAUGGACAAAGAAUGGGAAAGGGUUGCACUACAACAGCAGAGUAGGCCUGUUGUCCCCCGGCUCACUGAGGAUCCAGUCUCCAAGCAAAGUGGACGAGGGUCUGUACACGUGCACUGCCAGGAACCGGCUCGGAACUACAUCUCUCUCGUCGUGGCUGCAGAUUACAGGUAGCAAAGGAAGAAGCUGUGUUCAGACUAAUGUCAUGGGACCAAACGGCUCUGUUUGCUCUGAGAGGAGUAACAGCAGCCAGUCAGCUGAGCUGUGCCAUGGACAAGUCUGCCCCCUCAGGUGGCGAGUGGACCCUUGGUCUCCAUGCUCAGCCACUUGUGGCGGAGGGUCCCAGAACAGAAGCGUCCGCUGCAUGAAGGAUCCAGAGGGCAGAUCCAGAGAGGUGGAGAGCCAGCAGUGCCUCGGCACCGGGAGGAGACCCUCCGACUCCAGGAUGUGCAACCUGCUGUCCUGUGCGAGAUGGGCCACCACCAACUGGGGAGCAUGUCAUGGUCAAUGUGUGGGCCCCAGUUUGGCGACACAGCACCGCCAUGUUUACUGCCAGUACACAAAUGCCACCAAAGUCCCCUUCAGGAUGUGCAGUGGACUCCAAAGGCCCAGCUCCCUGAAGAACUGCUCCACAGAAACCUGUGCCCUUCACUGGCGUGUCGGACCGUGGACGCAGUGCACUGCCACCUGUGGACGGCACGGUUUCCAGUCACGCCAGGUGACCUGCGCGCACCGCCGAACUGGAAAGGCCACACGUGAGCAUCACUGCAUGUGGAGGCCUCGCCCUCCCAGCUGGCAGCGAUGCAACAUUCUGUCCUGUGGCAAAGCAGCAGAGUGUCGAGACAGCACCAGGUACUGCGAGAAGGUUCGACAGCUGGAGCUUUGUCCGCUGCCGCAGUUCAAGAGCCGCUGCUGUCAUUCCUGCCGAAACACCUGAGGCGGGGCCGUACGACGAGGGCCACAGACGACCUGAAGAGGUCAGGGAAGAUGCUCAGACGGAGACUUGAAACCUCGAUGCCCCAUCCUUAAACCCACAGCUGUGUUCAAUGGUCUUGGAUGAGGGUUCCUGAGUGUGGAGGAACGUUUGGAUGGUCGUGAUCUGCUUUCCUCAAAGGAAUCAUGUGUGGGUUUGAAUUUUCAAAGUGUUGAGAGGAGUGACAUGUCUGCUAAUGAAGGCUUCAGUUUUACUUCUUUCUUUUUUUAUCUGGUCUUCAUGAAGCUUUCCUGAAUGAUGCAAACGCAAUCUUAAGACACAUUUCCAUUGUGAGUAAUAGAAACUUGUGGUGACUGCAGAGUUAAGGCGUAAAUCAGAUUUAGAGUCCGGUUAAGUUAUUCACAUACAAUAAUGAAGAGCGACCGGUCCACAUUAAUGAUCUGGUGCACCAGCUCCACCGCUCUCCUGCAGGGUGCAUAGUAUCCUGUGACUUAGCUUACAAUACACAAAUAUGUAUUUAAUAUACUUGUAGUUUUUCAUUGAUUUACUUCAUACCCAGGGACUUUGGGUGGAGCCCUGAUCUUUUGAUAACCACUGGAUAGUUGUGUGUUUGCCUUUCUUACAUUGGUCUCCAAAACAGUGUUGAUGAAUAGUUUUGAUGCUAAAUGAGUUCUGGGUAAACUCUAAACACAACUUCAUGCUGCAUGUAAAUGGGAAAUGGCUAAAAGCCUAAUAUUUGAUGAUGAUGAUGCAGUAAAUUUGGUAUCAGCCACAUGGGAAAUACAUCAUGAUCUGUGAUAUCAUGUUGGAUAAUUCAACACGUGCUCUCUAACGAUUGGUCAAGUCAUUUGAAGAGCACAGGAUUUAGGAUUGCAGACAUUGGAACAAAAGUUCAGACUUAUCUUGCACAUGUUGCACUAUGGAGGUGUAUGACUGAAGCAAGUCAAUCUUUGGAAAUAAUAAGACAUUUAUAUUGCACUCAGCUCCUCCAAGUCUUUGUGAAUAAACAUUGCUUGAAGAGUUUUUUUGUUUUGUUUGUAAAGUUACAUUGUUUAUAUAUUUUGUUUUGUGAUUUUUGUAUUUCUUGUUAAGAUAUUUGUUCAAAUGUCCCUUUAACCACUGUGUGACGUUUCAACUCGUCAUCCUCUCCACCAAAUUAUAUUUUUACUUUAGUUACAUUUGACGGUCCUUGUGUAACUCUUCCCCUCAGACAGAUUUCAGUGUUAACUAAAGAUAAUUUCUUGUGCCAGAGGAGGGUUUUGCACUUUUGACAUAAUGUCCUGAGUUCCACAAAGCUUCAUCAUCAAGUCCAACACAUACCUGAGCAGAUAACUCUGUGUGAACGGAAACAUGAUUAACAUAUUACUCAUGCUCUUAAGUUAUGUAGAUAUUUGUUUUGUCCUCUUAACUAUUUAUUUCCAUGUGUGUUAUUGUGCAUAGUUUUGUAUAUACUUGCAGGGGUGGGUUUUAAGUAUUCAUUUCCCAACAGUCUCUUGGUAUUUGAUGAUGUGCAUGCAAUGGGGACCCUCUGCUGGUGAACUGAUGUGUUGCUUUCUGCUCAUGCCUGGUUUAUCAUUAAAUAAAGCCAAAUACAUUCCUUU